AAAACUGUAUGUUCUCAUGGCUUUUUAGUAGACAUUCAGUGAGCUAGGAGCUAGCUAAGAAGGAGAAUAAUAAGUAGAAGAAAUAAGAAAGCAGUAGAGGAGGAUCAGAAAGUUUGAUUAUGUUUGUACAGAAUAUAUUUGCAGCAUACAAUGCAUAGUAAUAUAAUGCAGUAUCUCUGGUCAGGCAGAUAGAAAAUGUUGAAAUCACUACCAGUGAGCUGGCCUCUCAGUAAAUCAUGUUUAUGAUAAGGUUUAUUAGGAUUAAAAUGACCAGAAUAUUCAGCACUAGGCAUCUACUGCAUUUGUAUGUAAUUACUGAUGAGGCUGUCAUUAAGGAAGGAACAUAACACAUAAUAUUAUGCAGGAACUGGCACGUUGUGAUGGCUUUAUAUGGCUGUGGGUAUCAUUUAACAGUUUUGAAAUAUGCCUGAUAACGGCCACAUGAUCUGACCAAAUGAAGCAGAAAGGACAUUUUUGCCCAUGGAAAUGUAGAGGACAACACUGUGGACCUUUGGAUGCUGUAGUAUGUUGUGUGUAUGUCAGAGCGAGCAAGAAAAACAGAAACAGAGAGAAUAAUACUGUAUGUGUUACAAUGCUUGUAUUCCAGGGGAUUGAAUAUAGAACGGUCCUGAAUGCGCUCAAUGGAUCAGAGUAAUCUCAGUCAAAUCAGUGUCAAUGCACUGUCUGCACGCUAUUUAAUCCUCUCUGGCAUGACAUUUAAUAUGCUGUACAGCAAAUGUAUUAUUAGCAUUUUGAGAUGAAUAUAUUAUAGAUAAAAGCUGUCGACAGCUUUGAUGAAGUCAGUGUUUGCUUGACGACCUUCACCUUUACAUUCCUGAUGAAAUAAGGAAAUGUGUGUAAAUGUGUAUGAAUUAGGGGUUAAACCAAACCAACUUCAACCGGGGAUUUUCCCUCAGUAAUCCAGGGCACUCACACCUUCGUCAUCUCCUCUCCGAAAGGUCUCGUCCUCCUCCUGCUCCUCUCCAUCCCUGCUCGUUUUCCUGCCUCACUCCAUCUGGUUUUCCAGUGGAUGAAACAGAACAUGGUUUCUCAUUAUCAGCCAGACUCCUCCCUCUCUUUGACUGGUGGUGUUUCUCUCCCCCUCCCUCUUGUGUGGAGAGCUCUGUAGUGAGCGUUAAUCCCGGAUUGCGCUGCCCUGCCGUCUGCAUCCCGUUGUUGCUGGGAGAGCAUGGCACGGCUCCAGGACCCCUGCGCUCGCACAAGAGAGAAGUGAGCGAAUGAGAGAGAGAGAGAGAAAAAGAGAAAGAGAGAGAGAGAGAGACAAGAGAGGGAGAGCGGAAAGAGGUACAGUUGGGCUGUUCCACGACUGUCACAGCCACUUGAGCACUGCACUGUUAUUGAGUUUCAGUCACACACUCUCUCACACAUAAACAGGAGGGAAAAGAGAGAAAAAGGAAGGAUGACGGCCAGUCUGGUGCAGCUGUGGGUGCAAAUGUGAAUGAAGAAAGGGGAAGCCUCGGUCACAUCCUGGGUUCCACCACAUAGUAACCUCUCUCUGCUCGGUUGCUGCGUCUUCCUCAACGCUCACACUUAAGAGGGAUUAAACUUUUUUUUUUUCCUUUUUUUUUUUUUUUUUUUUGUUCAUCUGGAACUCUGAGAGUCUCUGACAUGGAGUCACCAACCAAAGAGAUCGAGGAGUUUGAAAGCACUGCCCUCAAGUACCUCCAGCCGGAACAGAUUGAAAAGAUUUGGCUCAGGCUCCGGGGACUGCGCAAGUACAAGAAGACGUCCCAGAGAUUAAGAUGUCUGGUGAAGCAGUUGGAGAGAGGAGAGGCUUCCCUCGCUGACCUUAAGAAGAACCUUGAGUAUGCUGCGUCGGUGCUGGAAUCCGUUUACAUCGAAGAGACACGACGUUUGGUGGACACAGAGGAUGAGCUCAGUGACAUCCAGUCAGAGUCAGUGCCCUCAGAGGUGCGGGACUGGCUGGCCUCCACCUUCACCCGCCAGAUGGGCCUGAUGCUGCGACGCAAUGAGGAAAAACCUCGCUUCCGCAGCAUCGUCCACGCCGUUCAGGCUGGCAUAUUUGUUGAGAGGAUGUACCGACGUACCUCCAAUAUGGUGGGACUCAGCUACCCCCCUUCUGUCAUUUCUGUGCUUAAGAAUGUUGACCGGUGGUCGUUUGACGUGUUCGCCCUAAAUGAGGCCAGUGGGGAACACGCACUUAAAUUCAUAUUCUACGAGCUGCUCACAAGAUACGACCUCAUUAGCCGUUUCAAGAUCCCGAUCUCUGCUGUGGUGUCGUUCGUGGAGGCCCUGGAAGUGGGAUACAGCAAACAUAAAAACCCCUACCACAACCUGAUCCACGCUGCUGAUGUCACACAGACUGUGCACUACCUGCUACUCAAGACUGGCAUGGUGCAUUGGUUGACUGAGCUGGAGAUCUUUGCCAUGAUCUUUGCAGCAGCGGUGCACGACUACGAGCACACAGGGACCACAAACAACUUCCACAUUCAGACAAGGUCAGACACAGCAAUCCUGUAUAAUGACCGCUCAGUGUUGGAGAGUCACCACGUCAGCGCAGCAUACCGCCUACUGCAGGACGACGACGAGAUGAACAUCCUCUACAACCUCUCCAAGGAUGACUGGAGAGAGCUGCGGGCUCUGGUGGUGGAGAUGGUGCUGGCCACAGAUAUGUCCUGCCAUUUCCAGCAAGUUAAAGCCAUGAAGAACUUCCUACAACAACCUGAGGGCAUAGACAAGCCCAAAGCCCUGUCCCUGCUGCUGCACACAGCAGACAUCAGCCACCCGGCCAAAAGCUGGGACCUCCACCAUCGCUGGACCACCUCACUACUGGAGGAGUUCUUCAGACAGGGGGACAAAGAAGCAGAGCUCGGGCUGCCAUUUUCUCCGCUCUGCGACCGCAAGUCCACAAUGGUGGCGCAGUCCCAGAUUGGGUUCAUAGACUUCAUCGUGGUGCCCACCUUCACUGUGCUCACAGACAUGAUGGAGCGUAUCGUCACGCCGCUCAUCGACGAGGCUUCUCAUUCAGGUUUUGCUGGCUUUCGACGCUCAAGUCUGAACAGUAUUAGCUCGGAUGAAGCCAAGCGGCACAGUGUGAAGAGCGUGGGCUCUGACAGCAGCUCAUCAGGCCAAAGCUCUCUGCUGACGGUGGAUAUGAAGAACUUCAAGGCGUUGUGGAAUGAAGAGGUUUAUCAGAACAGAGAGAGGUGGAAAGCCCAGGCUGCUAAAGAGGCAGAGGAGAGAGCUAAAAGGGAAGCAGAGGAGAAAGCCCAGCAGGAAGAGACUAUGGAGCCCCAGGAGGUCCACACAGAAUCAGAACAGCCUGAACCAAAGGAGGACAAAUUGGAGGGGGAGGCACCCGAGUCAGCGGAGGUCAGCAGACCACCAGAUGGUAACACGGGGGAAACAGAACAGGGAGGACAGCCUAGGAGCGCCACACACAAGAAUCCUCCACUGCAUAACGGAGAGUUGUCUGAAGGUGCUGAAUCUCCAGAGGGUGAAGAAAACAAGAACAAAGGAGUCGAUGCAGAAGUAGCGAUGGAGUAAGCGUGCUGUGGAUUACCACGGCCACACCGCUGCAUCUUUGCUGUGCUGCUGUCGACCUCAACCUGCUUUUAAAACUCAAUGGGGAGAACUCAGAGGGAAAGGCCUAUUAAUUGGACUCUGUCGCCCUCUACAGGACUCCAAGAAACUCACACCUUCACUUCCAUUUUUUUGUCCCUAUGAUCAACUGUUUUUACAUUUACCAUGUUUAUACUCCCUAGCUCUUGUAUGCAGAGCUUGUGGCUCUUCCUGUGUGCUUUAUUCCUCCUUCCCUGCUUACUGAACAACAACUCAGAAGAUGGCAUCGACAGUGGUGGGGUUGAGAGGAGCCUUUUCAAAGACUGACACUGAAAAUGUUCUUUUUUAGUUUGCCAAUCCUCUACUUAAUGCAACCAUAGACAUGUAGCCAUGUAUAAGUCCCACUUUUUACAACUGCUUUAUUUUUCUCUAUCAGCACUCAUUUGAUAGAUUUUGGCAUCCUUAAGUCUAAUUUAAAGUUAUUUUUAGAAACAGAAGGCCUGUUACCUUCCUUGCAAAUGUGCAAGUGCUUUUUUGUAGGAAAUGCAGAAUUAAUGUAAACAAAGAGGGACUUUUACAACUGCUACACAGUAUGUAUAGUAUGUGAGCAUGUACAGUGCAGUACGCUGGGGGUUAAAUUCACAGAUCUACAACUCUACUAUUUUAUUAGCAAGUACUCCAUAAACAAACCCUCUCUGUGUAGAAAACUUGUGAUUCAGGAGCUCCUGCUGCGAGUGUGAGGUUACUACAAAAACCUUCUUUUUUUUUUUUUUAAACCACCAGUUGUGGCUCAUUUUUUCCCCUUAACAUGUUUACUUUCUCAGCGCUUUCCUCAGACAUUGUGUGAUUCCGAUGCAUUUGUGUUCCUUGCAACCAAGUUUAUUUUGGUUUUUUUUGGUGUGUCUUUUUGUCCUCUCUGCUGUAUAUAUUGAAAUUUUAUAUAUGUAUGGAUCUGAGAUGGAGUAAAAAUCAUACAAUUUCACCAUUUUAUAUAUAUAUAUAUAUAUAUAUAUAUAUAUAUAUGUAAGGGGAAAUAAUGUAAGAUAUUGUAGUAGAAAAUGUCUAAAAGAUUUGAAUGCAACCUUUGCAUUUCAGACAUAUCACACUCACACACACACAUAUAUGCGCAUGCACACACUAAUGCAUUUAAGUUUUUGUAACAUAUAAAAUCUGUUUUGUUUAUCUUUUUUUGUAACAAUUGUUUUGCAUUUGUCCGACAUGAAUCAUGCACUGUGUAAUAUCCUCACACUGUAUGUCAUUUCUUUGUCAAAAGACUUCUUCUUGAUGCCUUCUUAUGUGUAUUGAAGCUGUAGCAAAAACAUUGUCGCUGAAUUAGAGAAAAAUCUUAUCUAUGUUUGUCAUUUCAUUUUGCGGUACAGUUGCAUUACUGCAGCUUCACCUUCUAGCUUGUUGGUGUAAUGUUUAAUCGACGUGUUUACAGUGUGCUCGUACACCUGUUAGCCAGCUGAAUCCAUCAUUGCUUCUGUGAUGCAUCUGAGGCUACGAGUCCAAACCGUAUCUGCUUCUUGGUUGUACGCCAGGUUUUUAAGGCUUGUAAUGUUGUGUAUAGACGAUGCAAAUAUUGCUUACUUGUGCAUAUGUAACAUAUUGAACCCCUGCAAUGCUGGUUCAGCUUUUACUAUAUACUUAAUAUGUGUAAUUUAACGAAAAGGAAAACAAGCAUUUUGGCAGUAUUUGCAUAAUGAGAGGUUUUGUGCACUUUUAUUUUGUUGAAGUUCCCUAAAUGAAUUGCAUAUUCUAAUCCUAUUUUAAAGUAUACAGUACAUGUGUACACUGCUACAUAUUCUAAUAUGUAUAGUAUAUAUGGGGAUCAGAAAGGGUGAGUAAUUUAACACCUAAAACUUUAUAUAAAACUAUAGGAACUAUGAAUUCUUUUUUAGCCUCUUUGUUUUAAUACACACUCCCCAUUUUUAUAUGACAAGAGGAACAUUAGAAUCAUGCUGGGACAUAGUUUGUCAUGCAAUGCUACUUUCUACCUAAAAAAUACAGUCAGUGGUUAGCAAGCCAGCUGGCUGAAUGUGUGCCUAUACAUGUACUUUCCAUUUCACACCUCUCACCUGUAGGAGAAUCGGAUUUUGUGAUGUCAUUUGAAUCUGUACUGAUCCAGGUGCAGUCAAACAAACCAGUUAAUAUCUUCCUUCAAUAUCACACACUAAAGGAGUCUUCAGUAAAGACUUUUAUUUUAGACACUGUUGGAAAAUCUGUUUGUAAAGUCAGCAGUUUGAUGUUGCAGAAGUAUAGUAUUUCUAAUGGUAUAUUUUAUGGUAUAUUUUGCUCUUUUUCAUUUAGAAAAAAAAAAUCUAUUUUUUAGCUGUAUUUGUGCUGUAAAGUGUAUGUUUUUUGUUGUUUUGUUUUACUGUACUGUUUGCUCCUUUUUUGACUCAGAGGAUGGAUUGUCAAAAAGUACGUCUUCAAUAUGUAACAUUUUUUUCAUUGUCUCUCCUCUGUGCGUCUGAUCGAUAUGUUUUACUCCACCAGCUCUGAAGUCAGAAAAGUUUCAAGUGGCUCAAAACCCUUAACUGUAAAUUUAAAGUGUAACAAUCAUAGCAAAAUACAUUUAUAAAUAGAACAAAAGCAAAACUUACUGCAUCCUCAAAAUAGCCUGCCUGAUACUUGGUGAAGCAGAAUAUAUUUUCUGUACCAAGGGACCAACACAUGUACAGUCUUGUAGUUUGCUCUAUCUUUCACUUGCUACUGUGAUAGCCUACUGUAUGAAUAUUUAACAGGAAUUUAUACCAACCAUAAUCAAAAACAUAGUUGUAUUUAUGACAUGUAAAGACUUCUAAACGUGGUGUUUUGUAAUGGUUACUAUGGAACAGAUUAUUUGUUGUUUGUUUAAUGCUUUGUUUCCUUGUUUAGUCUGAAUCACUCUGUAAUGACUGAUCUCAAACUGUUCAAGUCACUGAGGUUAGAUGGAUGUAAAGCAAGAGUGUGUGAGUGUGUGAUGGCGUGUGUGUGGGAAGCUGCCGAAAAAACUCAAUGUGCAUUUCUGAUCUCCUCACUGUGACCUGCUCUAUUGACGAGAGUGUGAUGAGAUGAGUGUGUGUGUGUGUGUGUGUGAGAGAGAGAGAGAAAGAAUCAAAAAGUAAUGCAGUGGACUGUAUAAAAUUGGGUAAACAAUUCACACCACAAACAAAAUUUAAAAAUAACAUUUCAGAUAAGCAUUCUUUCCACCUCUCACAUCAAAUUACAAAAAAAAAAAAAAACAACAAAGUGGACAUAUUAGUUAACAGUAGUAAAAUCACCUUCUGUUUACCCUCUAAUACAUCACUGAUAAGACAGAAUGACUAAAGAGUGAAUGGGUGUGUGCGUAUGCAUUUUAUGUGCAUGCAUGUGUGUGUCACUGUCCCAUGCCGGCCAGGCGGCCGUGUGUGCCACCAUGCUCUGUGACUGCACAGUCGUAUCAAUAAAUCUGGACUCAAAGGGCUCA